AUGAGUGAGACCGAUUCGGUUGACGAUUUUGUAGGAUUUGCAGAUAUAGUUGGGAGAAUAAAGGCGUAUGAAGAACAUUUAGGGGAAGAGACCAAAAGUGAAGAUCAAGGAAAACUUAUGUUUUCAAAUUCUAGUAACAAUCGUGGAGGUUACAAUGGUUUCCAAGGAGGAAACAGAGGAGGUUAUAACAGAGGAGGUUAUAACAGAGGAAGUUAUAACAAAGGAGACUAUAACAAAGGAGGCAACACUCGAGGUGGAUAUGGUAGAGGUGAUUAUGGUCGAGGUGGAUACAAUAGAGGCGGAUAUGGUAGAGGAAACUAUGGUGAUAGUUUUGGUAGAGCCAGAGGUCAAGGGAGAUCUAAUGGCCAAAACCUAGGAGAAGAAGCCAUAUACUAG